AUGCCUCUACCGUCUCGGGCCUCGUCUACGCCCAAGAUUAGCAAAGCCUGUGUGCCGUGUAGAACGCGCAAGAUCAAGUGCAAUGCUGCUGUUGUUGGGCUCCCAUGCGGCAGCUGUCCACGACAACAACAGCUUCCAACAAAUGUGUCGAGGCAGACAACAGAUAGUUCUCAUUCUGAUCCUGUAGAAGAGUCUAUCCAUGCAAGUCACACUGGCAGCUCUUUACGCAACGACACUCCCCACUCGAGGGAUCGUCGGCCGCCGGGGCAAACCCAGGCUGAUCUGCUGUAUCUCAAUAUUUUGCAAGACACAGUCAAUGACACAUCCGCAGCUCAGACCGAUGCAAGUGAUCAUCAGUCAAAUGAUGAACCUGAUGACAGCUUCAACAGUCAAAUACAUCAUUGGAAUCCACCGCCUCAGCUUGACGAUGUCGACAACGAGUAUCUUGCCAAGAAGAAAGUAUUCGAGCUUCCUCCUCCCCGGGACGACAUAGUCAAAGCAUACUUCGACUAUGUACACCCUUUCGCACCCAUCCUCAAUAGAACAGACUUUAUCCAGAGUUAUCGCUCGGGGGGCUGUUGUCUUUUCUUGCUUCAUGCUGUAGCAGCAGCUGCAAGUCUGUAUGUCACCCAUGACGUCCUGAUUGGCUGCGGCUAUCCAGAUCGCUCAACUGCACAGGCCUCUUUCUUCUCAAAGGCCAAGCUCUUCCAUGACUUUCAUUGCCAAGGAGAUCCACUCUCCAUGUUGCAAGGAUCCAUGAUUCUUGGUGCCAUCAUCUUGGAUCAUCCGUCUGACCGGGACUUCCAGUACUGGUUUCACAACUCUGUCCGUCGUGCUUCGAAGAUGGGCGUACAAAACGCUUGCCUUCGUGACGAUGGAUCUCAAAAGUUGUACCGACGAAUCUGGUGGGUUUUGCAUAACAGGGACAUCUUCCACUUCUUUAUCAACACACAGAAUAUGCGACUACUUGCCAAUGCGCCUCCCAUCAGACCCCUCACAGAGGCCGAUUGGGAGACUGAAGAGAUUGAGCAAUGGUCUGGCAUCCUAUCGCCAAUCUCUCAGGCCCAAAAGGUGUCACUGAUAGCUCAAUGCGAGUUAGCUCAGAUCUUCGGGAAUGUCAUGUCUGUUGUGACAAGUUCAAAUCCAUCUGCAGAGGAGAUUCACAAGAGAAUACUGCCACUCGAUGCGUGGCGAACCUCACUGGCCGAAAGGAUGCAGCUUAUGGCGUCUUUUUCAGAUGGUGAGAUCUAUCAUCUCGAGGCUUUGACCACCAGCCAUCGGUUUGAGUGCAUUAUGUGUCGUUUGCUGCGCCGUGGACGAUGGCAGAUGAGUGAUGGUGGAUUGCGCGAGUGGGCGCAGCAACGCUUCAGAUCGGCAAUCUUUGAGCUUGACACGAUCGUCAAACGAGUCAUGAUCAACAGCAUGAUUCAAAAGCUACCAACUACUUUCAUAACCACCAUCACUGCACUCUUGGCCCUACAUAUAGAGUCUGCUCUUGAUGCUGCAGAGUCGAGUCUCAUUCGCUCAAUGGCUCGGAUAUCGGUCCAGCACACCAUGCUUGCACUAGACCAAAUUCGCGAUACUCCUGCCAUCAAGAGAGCUUUACCUGCAUUUGAGAUUGUCCUCUCCAAGAACAAGCUCUACCCAAUGUCGACGAGCGACACUGAGCAAGUUAAUACGAUGCAGACCAUCUCUCAAGACCAACCUUUAAGUGACGGGCACAUCUUGCAAUCGCCUCAAACUGAGAUGACUUUGCCCCAGGACGACCAGUCAUUCCUUGCGAUGAGAAGCAGCCUUGCGCAGCGUGCGAGAGACACGGCUUAUCAUGCGUCUACCAGGAACCCUCGGAAGUACGGCGAGGGCGUUCAGCUGAUAAAGUCUACCGAGGCCCUGAGAGAUGAUCGUCAGAAAAGCUCAAAUGCCGACUCGUCAAUCGCGAGCCCGGAUCCAUUGCCGUACCUACCCAAGUUCGUUACAGGCCAAGAGUCAAUAGAGCAGAGUACUUGGCUCACGGAUCUUGAGCUGAUGCACCAGUAUUCGACGUCUACUUACCUUACCCUUCCACGAGCAGAUGAGCUUCGGCAGAUAUGGCAGAUUGAGUUACCCAGGCUAUCCCUCAGCCAUUUUUACCUUCUCCACCAAGUCUUGUCUGUAUCUGCAUUCCACUUGGCCUCCCUGCAUCCAGAUCGAUCAGACUACGCCAUUUGCGCGUCACAACACCAAAAUAAAGCCAUCGCUGGUCUUCGUUCAGCUGUCGCGUGCAUCACUGAAGAAAGCUGCGUGGAGAUAUUUCUAUCAUCUUCACUACUGGGCAUUGGAGCAUUUGCGGGUCUCGGUGCUCAUAAUGCCGGCCAACAGCCUCGCAUCGACGAUCUUCUCGAUGUUUUUGUCCUUAUUCGGGGCAUGAACGACAUCCUGAACAGGUACGAGCCACUACUCAAGGAAAGCAGAAUUGCAUAUCUUUUCGUCCUAGGAAACCAGGCUGGUUCAACGCCUCUUCUUGAUGCCACGCUCGCGCAGCUGCGGCAGAUUGUCAUACCCGACGGCUUUGAAGAUGAGGCUUUAUCAAUAUGUCAAGAAUCAAUAGCGUCGGCGAUUACGUGGAUUGAGAGACACACUGGCACAACGGCUGCGCCCGACGAGCGUAUCGCAAUGACUUGGUGUCUAUCUGUGAGCCCGGAAUUCUUGGACCUGAUCAGGCAGCGGCACCCUGUUGCCCUUUGUGUCCUCGCGCAUUAUUGUGUUGUCUUGGACCGAGUUGGGAGGUCCCAAUGGUUUAUGAGGAAUUGGGGCAAGCCAGUAUUACAAGACAUUCGGAAUGAGAUGGAACCACAAUGGUCAUCAAUGCUGCAGUGGUGUUUAGCAGCUGUUGAAUGUGAGAGAAACGUUCAAGCGCAUUGA